GGAACAGGGAUACCAGAGACUGAGGAGGAGUUAUCCACUACAUUACGCGCUCACCUUACUGUUUCCACGGACCGUUCGAUGUCGACCGUUGAUUUCUUCUCCCCCAAAUAGUCUUUCCUCCUAUAUAGUGUUAUUGCCAUUGUAACGUUAGGGUUCAAAAACCCACCGAUUCGUAUCAACUUCAGAGUCUCCAAAUUUCCUCUCUCUUCUUCGCCGGACAUUGUGCCGUUGAUUCUCUUUCUUCCGUGGAAAUCAUCGUCGUUGAGGAAUUUUGGCGGAGAAUUCCUCUGGUGCCUGAAGAUUUGACGAUGGGUUCUCCUUCCACUUCUACCAUUGAAGUGUUGAAUUCAGUAACAGAUGGAAAGAAGUACAUAACAUCAGAAGAAUUACAAAAACACAACAAGCCAAACGAUCUAUGGAUCUCAAUUCAAGGAAAAGUCUACAACGUUACAGAAUGGUCCAAACAACACCCAGGCGGCGAUACCCCACUCUUGAAUCUCUCCGGCCAAGACGCCACCGACGCUUUCAUCGCCUUCCACCCCGGCACCGCCUGGGCCAACCUCCCCAACCUCUUCACCGGCUACCACCUCUCCGACUACCACGUCUCAGAAGUUUCUAAAGACUACCGGAAACUCGCUUCCGAGUUUUCCAAAUCCGGAAUGUUCGACAAAAAAGGGCACGGUGUCAUCUACUCUCUUUCCUUUGUCUCUCUCCUCCUUUCCGCCACCGUAUACGGCGUCCUAUACUCGAGUUCCUUUUGGGUCCACAUGCUUUCAGGGGCAUUAUUGGGAUUAGCAUGGAUGCAAAUCGCGUAUUUAGGACACGACGCCGGACACUACCAGAUGAUGUCCACCCGCGGCUGGAAUAAAUUCGCCGGAAUCUUCAUCGGAAACUGCAUCACCGGAAUCAGCAUCGCGUGGUGGAAAUGGACCCACAACGCGCACCACAUCGCGUGUAACAGCCUCGAUUAUGACCCCGACCUCCAACAUCUCCCAAUGUUAGCAGUUUCCAACAAACUUUUCACCUCAUUAACUUCCGUAUUUUACGGAAGACAAUUAACUUUCAACCCAUUAGCAAGAUUCUUCAUAAGCUACCAACAUUACACAUAUUACCCAAUCAUGGCUGUUGCGAGAGUCAACCUUUAUCUACAAACGGUUCUAUUACUAUUAUCGAAACGGAAGGUUCCAGACAAAGUCGCCAACAUUCUCGGAACCUUAAUUUUCUGGACAUGGUUUCCGCUUCUUGUGUCUUGUUUACCGAAUUGGGGUGAACGCGUGGCGUUUGUGUUGGUGAGUUUUUGUGUGACGGGGAUUCAACAUGUGCAAUUUACUUUGAAUCAUUUUGCGGCGAGUGUUUAUGUGGGCCCACCGAAGGGAAACGAUUGGUUUGAGAAACAGACGGCUGGGACGAUUGAUAUAUCUUGUAGUAGUUGGAUGGAUUGGUUUUUUGGAGGGUUGCAGUUUCAGUUGGAACAUCAUUUGUUUCCUAGGUUACCUAGGUGUCAUUUGAGGUCGAUUUCUCCGAUUGUUAGGGAACUAUGUAAGAAACAUGGGUUGCCGUAUGUGAGUUUGUCGUUUUAUGAUGCGAAUGUUACGACAUUGAAGACGCUUAGGACGGCUGCGUUACAGGCGCGAGAUGUUACGAAUAUGAAUCCGCAAAAUUUGGUAUGGGAGGCUUUUAACACUCAUGGUUGAGUUACUGUCAAACGAGUAAUUACACUGACAUUGUAAUCUAUUGGGACAGUAAUGUAUUGGUCAAACGAGUAUUGUCCCAUGCUAUUAGCAUCUAUCAAUAGCUUAUUGUGUACGAAAUUAAGUUUUUUCUUUUGUUUUUGUUUUUGGAUUUUCUUUGUUUGGUAAUUAUUGUAGAUCAUUUUAUUGAUUAUUGAAUGGUAGAUGGUUUGACUA